ACGAGGGCCUCUAGAAUACGAAGGACUAAAGACAACUUCGGACAACCUCGGGUGGCCGAUGGCGAAGCUACUGUAAUAUUGCCGUGCGCAUUCUUGUACCGCCGUGGCUUUCAAAUUCUGGCCUUUGACAUGAUGACGUGAUUAUGGUUGCUUUCGGUCUCACAGGCUCCUUGGAAAACUGAAAGUGCCCUGGAAAUUAGGGCGGCGUGUUUAAUUACUUUCAGUUUCUUUCAGUUUGCUUUAAUAUUCAUUCAAGAGAAAGCGAGUGGAUUACAGGUAAUAUUUCGACAAGGAUUACGAAGUCAGAGACUGCAAUGGGACCCUCUGUCUAACAAGGGAGAAUUAAAAAAAAGCAGCAAGCUACAAAAUACGAUAGAAUCAAAAAAAAGAAAAGAAAGAAAGACGAACAAGAGCUAUCACGUGAUACAGGCCAACGAAAGAACUUGAGAGUUCAUAAACGCAUCAAGAGUCCGAUGGACUACGCCCCUGUGACAUUCUUGACGGUGGUCUUCUUGUGUACGGCUAAUGGAGAUCCGUCCAUUUUAGGCGAUCACCAUUGGGUGUUCCUGGAAGAACUGGCCAAACAGUACAUAAAGAAAAUGAACGCGACGCACAAAGGUCACGUCAGUACCUGGGGUCUUACAGAAAAGUACAGUUAUUGGAACUACAACGAUCCUCCAGGAAAACACCCUGUAAAAGCGAAAAUAGCGUGGACCAGUUACUCCGAAUGCAAGGGAGCGUCCUCGUUGAAAACAAGAGAGCGAGAUUGCGCCGGGUUUUUCCACUGGAGGAUCAGCCGUGGCAUAAAGAGUGCUUUCUCUAUGAAAGUCGAAGAACUCGUUCCCGUACUAUACAGUGGCCUAAGGCGGAAGUUACUCAAGUUUGACAUCAAUGACGUCACUGAAGAGUCAGCAGAUGAAAGGUGGGGCCGCACCACCAGGCAUGUGCGCCGGAAGCUCGUCAAGGCUUGCAAGUUCAAGGCGGAAAUCAACUUCGAUGGAUAUUUUGUUUAUACCCUCUCAAACCCCGACGAAGGCAAUUUCAGAUGGAUCCUUGUCAGUAUCAGUCAGCUUGCAGACAGUUCGAAAGGGCUUGAAGAAAAAGGCGAUAAAUUAUCAUAUGUAGCGAAAGGCAUAUAUGUCGAGCGCAUAUUAUGCUAUGGCCACAAGAAGUAACAGUGUUAAAGAAACGGAAAGAUUGAUUUACACAUGCUCCGAAAAAAAUACUACGUUCUUGUGAAUAAUGUCGUAUUUCCAUACGUGCAUCUUUCAUUGUCACUUUUCUAAUAACGCUUACACUUAUACGCAAUAAAGAUAUUCGUAACUCUUU